GCGGGCACGGCGCGGGAGCACCGUCGCCACAGAAACCUGCACGCGCGGCCACCACGGAGAUCUCCGACCAGCCGCAGCCGCCCUCCGCCACAACUUUCGCCAUGGGGGCGCCCUAGCCCCGCGCUCCUUAUCCCCACCCACCUCGCCCCCACCUAUGGCUGCCGCCGACGCCGACGCCCGUCUCCUCCCAUGGCGCUUCUCGCGUUCCGCCUCGGCCACCACCACCACCUCGGUCUCUCCGCCCCGCGCGACGCUCGCCGCCGCCGGAGGAGGAGCCUCGUCGUCGCAUCUGGUGCCGUGAAGGCCCCUCGCCCGCGUGACGCGGCGGUCGUGUGGUUCAAGCAUGACCUCCGCGUCGACGACCACCCGGGCCUCGCCGCCGCCGCCGAGCCGCGCCGACCCGUCGUGCCGCUCUACGUCUUCGACCGCCGGAUCCUCGCUGGUUACUCAGACACAAUGCUGGAACUGCUGCUUUUUGCCUUGGAAGAUCUUAAGAAGGUCUUGAAGUCUCAACAGUCUGAUCUUCUCAUAGGCUUGGGGAAUGCUGAAGAUGUUGUUAUCAAGCUUGUAAAUGAGGUACAAGCAGGCCUAAUUUUUACAGAAGAUGAAGUUGAGUACAGAGUGCGCAAUGUUCUGGCCAGUGUUGAAUCAUCUCUGUCUAAAGCAUCAUUUAAAUGGGGAACCCCUCCUGAGAUAGUGGUUUGGAGUGACUCGUUGUAUGACUACAAGAAUCCGAGGGAAUUGUCGACAUCGUACAACAAUUUUUUGAAGGAAAAGUUACCGAUGACCACACCUCUUGCUGCCCCAUCUUUGCCUGCUCUGAAUGUAGAGACAGAAACAGGUUCUAUUCCCACACUGGAAGAGCUAAAAGUGUUUCUUAAAGAGAGUAGAACGUCAGAGGAUAAUUGGGUUCCUCUCAAGAGCACAUCAGCCAGAUCUAUUCUUAAAAAGACUCUCAUUCAGAAAAAGAUUAAAAGCGGUGCUGCAUCAAGUAACAGCAAUGGAGGAGAGGACAUCACUGCAUAUUAUGGUACAUCUGGGAGGAAAAUUCAAAAUUCAAUGUUUGCAUCAGAAAGCUCAAUAGAAGUGAGGGGUGGAACGGAAAUCACUUUGGAUGCUUUAGCUGCAUACCUGAAAUACCUAGAAGGAACAGGAAAGGCUAAUUGGCAAGAGUUGCAUGAUAAAGUGCGGUUAACUGAAACCAGAGAUGGUGCUUCGUUUUACACUUUAUUUGGUCCUGCACUUCAGCUUGGAGUUAUAUCCAAGAGGAAAGUUUACCAUGAAGCUAUUCAGUAUGAGAGAGACCGCAAUGCUGGAUUUAUAUCACCAUUUGGAUACUCAACACCUACAGUGACAGCAGCAGUAGAUGCUAUCUGUUCAAUGGAGUGGUAUCGGCUCUUGGCCUUGAAGUCCCAAGUAUGCAUUGAAGGAAAUAACCCUAUCAGAAUCUGGAGAUGGAAAGGUCAUCUUAUACAGUAUACCUCUGUUGGUCAUUCGGGUCCUCCAGUUCUUCUUGUCCAUGGCUUCGGAGCUUCCCUACAGCAUUAUCGUGAUAAUACAGGUGGCAUUGCUGAUCGGGGAUGCCGAGUUUGGGCUCUUACUCUUCUUGGCUUUGGCAAAUCAGAGAAACCAAAUAUCAACUAUUCAGAACUUCUAUGGUCAGAAUUACUGAGAGACUUCAUUGUUGAUGUUGUGGGAGAACCUGUUCAUCUUGUUGGCAACUCAAUUGGAGGUUAUAUCUGUGCUAUUACUGCUGCCUUAUGGCCUUCUCUUUCAAGUUCUCUGAUUCUUUUGAAUACAGCUGGUUCAGUUGUGCCAAGUUACUCAUUCAUUCCAUUAAGUGAAGAAGGACGUUCUUCAUGGCUUUCCAGGUUGCAAGCACGCCUCCUUUUGCUCUUCUUAAGGUCAAGAGCAGGAGGCAUUCUUAAGGAAUACUAUCCUACAAGAACUGAACGGGUUGACAAGACACUUGUGGAUGAGAUAAUAAGAGCUUCAUAUGAUCCUGGUGCAGCAACUGUCAUUGAGAGCAUAUUCGGUUUCAAUCUUUCCAUUCCUCUUAAUUUUUUAUUCGAUUCUUUUGGUGGAAAAGUAUUGAUUGUUCAGGGAAUGCGAGAUCCGCUAACAAAAUCCAAGUCAUUUGUUUCCAUGCUUAGAGAGCAUUGCAGCAAAGUUCAUAUAAGAGAGCUAGAUGCAGGUCAUGCUCCACACGAUGAAGUUCCCGACGAAGUGAAUUCCUUGCUUUAUGAAUGGAUCAAAGACACUGCCGCUUAACCAGCAAUAAAGUUCCAUCCUACUUGAGACCUCUGGUGACCUUAUCCAUUAGCUGAUUGCUGAUUAUAUAGCAUGAUCUUCGGAAGCAUUUUUUGUAAGAACUUGAUCCCAAAGUACCCGUUAACACUUCUGUACUUUUUUUUUUCUGGUUACUUGUCUUAGGUGGCAAAGAGGAGAUAGUUUUGAACCCUGUACAAAAUUGUAUAUGUAGACUACUCUUAAUCUU